CGUUUAUUCCGGCCAUUCUUGGCUAAGGCUUGAAGGCACUGCAGUAGUCAAGGGGUGCUUUCCGGAAUGUUUUCGGGGUGCUGCUUUGAUACUACAGUAUGUAAGCGAGAUGCAGCACAUCCCUGUCGACGCAGCCAGGCGGGUUUUGUAUUCCGAGAGCCCUACAGGGAUUGGUGGUUCUGGUGGGUAGUAUACCUAAGGUAUGAUGGGGAUUUACGUGGAUCGGGCCGAUAUUGAAUGAGGGUGAAGGAAGGAAGAGAUUGGCGGAGUAGAAUUGAUGCGCGCCUGUUGCGAAGAGAGAUGAAAAAUAUAUAUAUAACUAGAGGUGUCCAGGGUAUGCGUAUAUUUCUUUCUACCUGAGGUAGAUAAAAAGCAAGAUGUUUGUUCUCUUCCUGCUUCACCCGCUAGAUACUACCCAUGGUUAUUGUUUAUGCAUAUCGGACCAUGCCAUACAGGGCUCGGGACGGGACUGUCAAAGAUCGCAGUGGAUCUAGAUUCAUUGAACGACAUAUCCUUGUGAAGC